AUGUGUAAGAGGCGUGCGGGCAAGAGACUCCCUGCGGACUUCAGCCGAGGCAGCUUCAGCAUCUACCCACCGGUGCCCGGGCAAGAGAGCCCUCUGCGGUGGGCGGGCAGGCAGUUUGAGGAGAUCCCCAUCGCACACAUCAAGGCCUCCCACAACAACACACAGAUCCAGGUGGUCUCCACCGCCAAUCAGCCCCUGGCCAGCACGUCCUGUGGCACCGAGGGCUUCCAGAAUGCCAAGAAGGACACCGGCAUUGCAGCACAGACAGCAGGCAUUGUGGCCGCAGCGAAAGCUCUCGGCAAGGGCGUGACCCACAUCCACGUCGUGGUCAAGGGCCUGGGACCAGGGUGCUUGUCUACCAUCAAGGGCCUGACUAUGGGGGGCCUGGACGUGAUCUCCAUCACAGACAACACCCCCAUCCCGCACAAUGGCUGUCACCCCUGGAAGGGACAGAGGCUAUGA